AUGCCUCUGAGCCAGAGAUUGGAUGAACCUCUUGUUACAAUUGAGAUUGCGGACUCCAGCACAAUGCAGCAGGCAGUCGAUCCUCUUGCUACAACAAGUACUCCGACGGUGGAGCCUGUCAAUGGCGCUCCCUCGGAGGAGGUUCCACGUCGACAAGGGCGGAUGACCAAUCAGCUACAGUUCCUUCAAAAGAAUGUGAUUAAGGCCGUAUGGAAACACAAAUUUGCAUGGCCUUUUCACCAACCUGUAGACGCAAAGAAAUUGAACCUUCCUGACUAUCACAAAAUUAUCAAAAAACCCAUGGAUUUGGGCACUAUCAAAAAACGCCUCGAGUCGAAUUACUACUACUCAGCCCAAGAAUGUAUUCAAGAUUUCAAUACAAUGUUUACAAAUUGUUACGUCUACAACAAACCAGGGGAAGAUGUAGUGGUAAUGGCGCAAACAUUAGAAAAAUUAUUUCUAAAUCGGAUAGCGCAAAUGGACAAAGAGGAGAAAGAGAUAGAAAUGCCAUCGAACAGUGGGAAGGGUGGGGUGAAGAAGCGCGCGGGUGGGACGAGCAGCGGCGUGGCGGCGACGGCGGCGGGUGCGGGCGCGGCGACGACGGGCGCAGCGGCGGGCGGCGCGCCGGCGGCGCUGGGCGCGCGCGCCUCGGUCAAGCCGCUGGCGCCCGCACCGCACCCCGCCUUCGUGGGCUCCACUAACACCACCACCACCACGCCCACCCUCACCGCCGCCUCGGUCACGCCGCCCGCCACUCACACAGGGCUUCCGCAGCAGGUGGCAACACAACCCUCAAACUUUCAUGUCAACCAAGCUGCUGCUCCUCCUGUCUCCACUAUACCAGCCGUCACCCUAUCACAGACUCAACCUGCUAAGGUUAAAAAGGGCGUUAAAAGAAAAGCCGACACGACUACACCUAUGGGUAGUUCGUUUGAAGGUGGCUACACGACGCCAACCAUUGACCAGCAGAGUGGACCUAAACCUGCCAAGAUUUCUACAAGAAGAGAAAGUGGGAGACAAAAAAAGGCUAGUCGAGUGGGCGACGACGGGUUCAAGAUGGGCGGCAUGUCGCCGUCGGUGGGCGGCGCGGGCGCGUCGCACGCCGCGCUCACGCCGCAGCUCGCCAAGAGCAAGGAGAAGCUCUCCGACGCGCUCAAGAGCUGCAAUGAGAUACUUAAGGAAUUGUUCUCCAAAAAACACUCUGGUUACGCAUGGCCGUUUUAUAAACCCGUGGACGCGGAGUUGCUAGGUCUACAUGAUUAUUUUGAUAUUAUUAAGAAACCUAUGGACCUCGGAACGGUGAAACAAAAGAUGGAUAAUAGAGCUUAUAAAACGGCGGCCGAGUUCGCGGCCGACGUCCGCUUAAUAUUCACUAAUUGCUACAAGUAUAACCCCCCCGACCACGACGUCGUCGCAAUGGCGCGCAAGCUGCAAGACGUCUUCGAAAUGAGGUAUGCGAAGAUUCCCGAUGAGCCGAGUCACGUAGGAAUACCACAUAUUGAUAAGGGAAGCUCGGCUUCGAGUUCAGAAUCGGGUUCUGAGUCGGACUCCGAAUCUGACGACUCUGACGAGGAGAGAAACAAUAAAGUCAAGUUGUUAGAAAAAGAACUGCUCGCACUUCAAGAGAAGAUGCGAAAGCUUGUCGAAGAGUCAAAUAAUAAGAAAAAGGCUAAAAAGAAAAUGAAGGAAAAGCAGAAGAAACAGAUUCCAAACAGUGGUAUUCCUAAGGCUAAUGCAGUUGCCGGGUAUGGCGCGAAAGCUAAUAACAUUGGAGAAAAUCUAGCAUCAUCGACAGCGCCGAGCGGCGUUCGCGGCAAGACGGGCAGCAAGCGCGGCGCGAACGCGGCCGCGGCCGGCGCGCCCGCCGCCACCGCGGGCAAGGCUGCGGCGCGCGCGCCUGCCAAGAAGAAGUCCUCCACGCCCACGGUCGCGCCGCCGCACCACGCGCACCACGCGCACCACGCGCCCGCGCACCAUGCGCACCACGCACACCACGCGCACCCCGACACCGACGACGAGGACCUCGCCAAGCCCAUGUCUUAUGACGAGAAGCGGCAGCUCUCGCUCGACAUCAACAAGCUGCCCGGUGAUAAGCUCGGCAAAGUAGUUCACAUAAUUCAAAACAGAGAGCCAUCACUCAGGGAUUCAAAUCCGGACGAAAUAGAAAUUGAUUUCGAAACUUUAAAACCAUCCACACUUAGAGAAUUAGAAAACUAUGUAGCUUCAUGUCUUCGGAAAAAAACACAUCGAAAAGUGUCCGGUAAAUCUAAAGAUGAACAGAUGGCAGAAAAGAAACAAGAAUUAGAAAAACGAUUGCAAGAUGUAUCGGGACAGUUAGGAACAAAUAAGAAACAGCAACCAAAAAAAGAGGGCUGUAAGGAGGGUCUCGGCGGCGGGCUGUCGUCGUCGUCCAGCUCGUCGGACUCGUCCAACUCGUCGUCCAGCACCGACACCAGCUCGUCCGACAGCAGUGACAGCGAAGCAGGUUUGAAAACCGGCACCACCGGUGGUGCCCGCCGUGGUGCCGCCGCCGGCCCCCGCGCCCGCGCCCGCCGCGCCGCCGCGCCCGAGCCCGAGCAGGAGGCCCCCGCGCCCGCGCCCUCGCCGCCGCCCGCCCCCGCGCCGCCGCCCGCCCCCGCCGUCAUCGCACCGCCCGCGCAGCCGCCCGCGCCGCCCGCCCUGCACCCGCCCACGCAACCCGCGGUACACCCGCCCGUCACCACCGUCCCAGACUCCUCAAACAUCCCCGUGCUUCGGGAGCCGGAGGUGACAAAACCACCAAUUAAAGUGGAGCCGAGGAACGGUCUCGACAAAGUUGACACUUCCCACUACAUAGACCCGAUCGAACGCUCCCUGGCCAGCUUGGAGCGCAGCCUGCAGGCCGACGUGCCGAUGGACGUGAGCGUCGGCGCGUCCGAGUCGUCGAUGCGACUCGAUGAUUUCGCGCUACCGAAGCCCUCGAUCGUGUCCGACAGUGCACACCACAACCUCAUGGCUCAGCUCGGCGGGCUCACAGACAUGACGCACGUCACGGAACAGAUAAAGAACGACCUGUACGUGCCCCCUCACAAUGGUUUUGUGGACAAGAACCCAACGCACGAGCGUGAGAUGCUGAGGCCCGACGUGAACCCCAACAUCCCGGGGCUGACGUCGGCGCCGCCGGUGGCGUCCAUAUUUGACCCCGUGUACUCUGCGCCGCACACGCACGCGGUCACGGCACAGUCGCACAUGAACAUGCCGAACGCUCCCAACCUGAUGCAGUCGGUCAUAAAGAAGGAAGAGAUUAAACCCUUGCUCACACCGAAACCGAUAGAGGACCUCAUGGGUGUACCGAACAUUGUUGCAAACAAUUUACCUGAUAGAGUAAAAUACGAAAUAGAUAAAAAAGUGGAAGACACUAAGAACUCCCAUUUUGCUCAAGCGUUCAAACUUAAACAAGAACAGAAUUUGAAAAACGCCAGUUCGUGGUCCUCGUUAGCUCAAGCUGGCAGUCCACAGAAUAUACCGAAUUUGGGUACCAAUAAUCAAAUAAAGCAGAAACCUGUAAUGGACAGCUUUCAAGCAUUUAAGAAGCAGGCCCGUGAGAAGAUGGAUCGGCAACGAGCUUUAAUAGAACAGCAAGAGCUUAGGAAAAAAGAACAAGCAGAGAAAGAAAGACAAAGGCAAGAAACAGAAAGGCGGCAUCCCGAAGACGACAAAAUGAGGGUCGGCGUGAGCGCGCGCAAGGCGGAGAGCGCGGAGGUGUCGUCGCCGUCGGUGUCGCCGGUGGCGCGCGGGUCGCCGCCGGCCGCGCCCGCCGCGCCCGCGCCGCCUGCCGCGCCCGACAAGCCGCCCGCCUCCGAGCGCGACCGUCUGCGGCAGCGCGAGCAGGAGCGCCGUCGACGUGAAGCGAUGGCUGGUCAGAUAGACAUGAACAUGCAAAGUGACCUGAUGGCAGCGUUCGAAGAAUCUUUG